AUGGCUCAACCAUUCAGCUUUGGUUUCUCUGGAGACGAUAUAGAAGAAGACCCCAAUGAUGCUCUCCCAGAUGGCGAAAAUUCUGCCGUUGCUGCAAAUGCGUCGUCAACGGACCCCUCUCAGCCCCCAGCCGUUGAAGCCCGGACUCACAAUAUAGAUGAAUUGCUUUCCACUCUCCCCUCCAAAAUCUCCUACAAUACCAUUGAGAUCGAGUCCCCCAAAGGCCACAAAAUUCGCCUUCCGCGCCGAGAACUAUUCGACAUCCGCAUGCAACUAAUGGCCGAAGAUAGUGGCACCGACUCCGCGCCUCUCUCCGGCCUAGACGAAUCAGAUAUCAAGACGAAUGUCUACGAAGGCGGGUUUAAGAGCUGGGAAUGUUCUAUAGACCUCGUAAAGUUCCUGCUCGAUCGGGGUCCACGGAAGGAUCUUGAUGAUCUGUGUAGAGUUGAUCAUGUAAUUGAGCUCGGCUGCGGCACCGCCCUGCCAACUCUCCUCCUCUUCCACUACGCCCUUACCGCCUCUAUCCCCCUAUACCUCACGCUAGCCGACUACAACGCUUCCGUCCUACGCCUGGUCACUCUCCCGAACCUGCUCCUCACCUACACCAGCACCUUUUCCGCCACUGCUUCCCCUUUCUCCAACGAAUCUCCAAACCCUCUCGCCGAUCCCUCCACCGACCACGGCGACCUCGACGUCACGCCAGAAAUCCUCUCCUCCUUCAAAUCGGCUCUGACCGCUCUCCCACUUAGCCUGACAUUGAUAUCCGGUUCCUGGACGCCAACCCCCAAGUUCCUGGAACUCGUCCCUUCGGCGCCGGAGAUGAACACGUUCCUCCUCGCGAGCGAGACGAUCUACUCGCCGACAGCUUUGAACGCGUUCACAGAAGUGAUGGCGGGCAUUCUGGCACGGGUGCGGGCGGGUAAGGCGGUCGUAGCGGCGAAGCGGGUGUAUUUUGGGGUCGGGGGUGGGGUGGAUGAGUUUAGGGUUGAGUGCUCGCGGCUAGGUGCUGUGGCUGGGGAGGUGGAAUUUGAAGGACUAGGAGAGGGGGACGGGGUUAGGAGGAGUUUGGUGGAGGUACAGAUGCUGUAGGGCGGUGGAGGGGCAUUGAUGCCUAGGUGCAGACCUGAGGCGUCUGAAGCGGUAGGGUGUCUUUAGUGCUACAUUACUUUUACUCUGAUACAUGGCCUGAUUUACGAGCCCCGCCUAUAAUAUCCCAAAAUUGAAUCUGAAUUGCACGGACUGGCUCUCCU